AUUCGCAGAAUUUAAAUACAACAAUGCACAUUGUGACAACUGCGUGUCGACGGCCAUGUUCUAAGCGAAAAGUGAAGAAUGGCGGCGUGUUCGAGUUUUGAUGCCAUCAAUAAUUGAUGUGAUGAAAGCAUCCUUUUUAGUAUUUGCUGCGAUGUCAGUUCCCAGAAAGGCUGCAGCAGUGGACUUCAACAUUCUCGAUGACGACUUCUGGGGUGAUUCCGAGGAUGAAUCAGCUAUUGGAGAUCUGAAGUCCCCAGAGAGCGUUGUUCAGCAUGCUGAAUGUUCACUUCUCGCCGAGAGCAACGAGGAAAACAGCAUAUUCCUGGCAACUGGCCUCAACACCGAAGAUCUCGACACUUGCUUUGAUGAGGACUUCGACGACUGCCAGGAGAAACGAGACGUAGAAGUGAAGCCAGAACAGUCCGAAGACCUAAAACGAUCGGAGAUCCCGGAGUCCUUCAGCGACGGCUCUAACAGUUUGAUUUUCGAUGACGAGGAGUUCGAAGUAGUGCCGAGGAAGCGAAAAUUCCCCGGUCCUGCGGGGAUCCUUCCAAAAACAAAUGCUUACCCAUCCUUCUUCGAGAUUGGAAAAGCUGCGGACGAAGCAAAGGCCUCCAGAAAAUCAGAGUUGCCCGACGAGCUGCUCUGUACGCCCUGGAACUGCGAAGAUGACGACCCUGAUUCUCCCUGGCAACUCAUGCGGCAGGACAUGGACGUGAGUGCCGGUGAUCACGACGACCUCGCUGUUUACACCAUUGCCUGGGCGCUCAAAAUGAAACGAGAGAGGCAUCUUCCGCGUGGGAAAGUGCCAGUGCUGUCCGUCUGCAUCAAAAGUGUCUCUAAUCAAAUUCUAACGCUUCGAGACAAAACAGGAGAAAUUUUGGCAUCCGUGGACAAGAGCUUUCAAGAUUUCAAGGCCUGUCUGAAAACCGGAACUACUAUGGUGUUGAGAAAGGUGGGUGUGUACGUGAACGCAAAAAAGGAGCACUGCCUCCUCCUCACCAGAGACAACCUGGUCCACAUCUACAGUCGCCCAGACGACGUCGGCCCGGCAAGAAAACUAAGUGUCAACGACAUGACCCGUCGAGAACUGGAGGCUCUCUGCAUGGAACUUCAGCUGGGAGCCCUCGAAGACGCAGCCAGAAAUCCGUCGCCGGUUCCCAGAUACUCUCUGUUCGCGACUAGCGGCGGCUCUCCCACAAACGCCUCCUCUCGGACUGUGUGCAGAAACUUUAGUCCAGGGCCGAGCCCGAACGUUCGCGGGGACGUAGCUUAUUCCCGCAAAGCAAACGGCCCGACCACGCCUGGUUCGUUGCAACAGCGGAGACACGGUGCAGCUUCAUGCCUGGUGGCGCCGCUGCUCCACGAGUCGUUGACGAAGCGGCCGUUCGAGGCUUGUUUCAGGGAGUCUCCAACGCAGUCCAAAAGUGCUCCAAUUGCGUGUAGAACCAAUGGCAGCAUGGUGAAGACUGGCACCUUGAGUCCUGGUUUAUCACUGGCCGUGCGGAACGUUCCAGCUUACAAGUCGCCUCUGUCCGCGACCUUGAGCAAUACGACAGCAGCAUUUGGGGUUGGUGGGGCGGUGUCGGCAAGAACGAAUGCGGCGACUCCAAUCUUGCCCCGUCUGGGGAACGGAGUGUCCAAUCUCAGUCUAACAUUGAACAGUAGGACUGUGGUGAAUUCUGCACAAACAGUGUUCAGCAAUCAAGCCUGUGCGCCCUCUGCGACUCCUUCGGCGAUUCGUUCGGAAGGCAGCGGUGCAAACUCUGAGGAGCUGCAGUGGCUAGAAGAUGACGCUGACGACAUUUUUCGGACGAUUGACGAUGGUGGCCUGUUUUAGAUAUUUGAAUUUAUGUACAGAAGCUGGAGUGCAUUAAAAUAAGUUAUUUUCAGUUAAGUUCACUAGUUUGUGGCAAAUAGGGCAUUCCA